CGCACGCUCUGUGACACAUCCCUCCAGUUCCCAACUGCGCUGUCUUCACAUGCGUCCCCUCCGACUCUCUCUGCGUAACGCCGGCUGCGCCAAGAUGAGCGUGGUCUCCUCGGUACCAUCCGAACGGUACCAGCCCGCCGCCUGACCGAGCCGGAGCCGCACCGAGGCGCAGAGGGAGAGGGAGGAACACCGCCUCUCCUCUGUUAAAGAAAGAAAGAAAAAAAAAAAAAAAAACAAAAGAAAGGAACAAGCCUAAAGGACACCGCGAGGCGCAACGCGUUUGUUGUUUCGGCAUCCUUCCUCACCCCUCCUCCUCCUCCUCCUCUUCCUCCGCUCCUCUCCUCCCCGCAGCCUCCGUUCUUACCGGUCAGUCGGUGUGAAGGUGAAGGAGAAACCCGGGGAUCCCGGCGCCGCGUUUUAGUGGAAUAACGUCACUUUUUUUUUUUUCCUGUCUUUUUUUUUUUUUUUAAAGGGGGGGGGGAGAGAAGGAUAUUUUUGUCCCCCCCUUUUUCUUUUUUCCCCCGCUGGGUGUUGGGCGCGCGCAGCUGCUGUGCGCCCGAUCAGAUUCCCCCCCGAUGGUGGAUUUGGCAAACAUGGAGACAGUGGAGAAGGAAUGCGGGGCCCUCGGGGGUCUAUUCCAGGCGAUAGUGAACGACAUGAAGUGCUCCUAUCCUGUGUGGGAGGACUUCAGCGCCAAGGCCACCAAGCUGCAUUCCCAGCUCCGAACCACUGUUCUGGCUGCUGUGGCCUUCCUGGAUGCCUUUCAGAAAGUGGCAGACAUGGCUACCAACACUAGAGGGGCGACCAGAGACAUCGGUUCAGCUCUUACCAGGAUGUGCAUGAGACAUCGCAGCAUCGAAGCCAAACUUCGCCAGUUCACAAAUGCUCUGAUGGAGAGUCUGAUCACUCCUCUCCAGGAUAAGAUUGAAGACUGGAAGAAGACCGCCCACCAGCUGGAUAAGGACCAUGCCAAAGAGUACAAGAGGUCACGCCACGAGAUCAAGAAGAAGUCAUCUGACACCAUCAAGCUGCAGAAGAAAGCUCGUAAAGGGCGAGGCGACCUGCAGCCGCAGCUGGACAGCGCCAUGCAGGAUGUGACCGACAUGUGUCUGCUGAUGGAGGAGAUGGAGAAACAGGCGGUGCGCCGUGCCCUGGUGGAGGAGAGGGGGCGCUUCUGCACCUUCAUCGGCUUCCUUCAGCCUGUGGUGAACGGAGAGAUCGCCAUGCUGGGAGAGAUCACCCACCUCCAGGCCAUCAUCGACGACCUCACCGUGCUGACCACCGACCCCCACAAACUGCCCCCUGCCAGUGAACAGGUGAUCAAGGAUCUGAAGGGCUCCGAUUACAGCUGGUCCUACCAGACCCCCCCGUCGUCCCCGAGCAGCUCUGGCUCACGCAAGAGCAGCAUGUGCAGCAGCGUCAACAGCGCCCACAGCAGCGCCUCCCGUUCGUCGGGAGGAGGUGCAGGUGUGGGUAGUGGUGGAGGAGGGUCCCAGCCACACUCACCUUCCUCCUCCUCCUCCUCCUAUCGCUACCGCAGCAGCAUGCCUCAACAGCCUCCACCACCAGGGGGCAUUGCAGCCCACCGCCUCAGCAGUGUUUCCUCCCACGAUUCGGGCUUUGUGUCCCAAGAUGCAAACAUCUAUUCCAAGCCUCCCUCACCAAUGCCCUCGGACAUCACCAGUCAGAAAUCCUCCAGCUCUGCAUCAUCAGAGGCUUCAGAAACAUGCCAGUCAGUCAGUGAAUGCAGCUCCCCCACUACUUUUGGCUCGUCCUUCGUUACCUUCCGCCCCGCUCUCUCUCACUCUGGCUCCACCAGGCCUCUCUCUGUCAUUCUUCCUGUUCCUGCGUCCCCACCCUAUAUCCGCCCCUCUGGAUCCAGCUCCUCCUCUCCCACAUCAAAGGUUCCCAUGUGGAAGGACUGGUCCAAAGCAGGUCAGUACGAGCAGCCCGCGGCCGCCGCUCCGGUCCAGAGAAGAAAGGAGCCGGUGGAUAGGCUGAGAGAGAGUGAGGGCUCGCCGGGUUCCCAUGGAUAUGCCACAGCGUCACACCCAGAAGAGGGCCAGAGGCUCCGGAUGACACCUGCUAGCAUCGCUGCCAAGCACGGCGAGGAGGUUUCCCCGGCAGCCAGUGACCUGGCCAUGGUGCUGACCCGGGGCCUGAGCGUGGAGCAGCAGAAGAGCAGCCGGGACUCCCUGCAGUACUCCAGCGGUUACAGCACAGAGACCACCACCCCGUCCUGCUCCGAGGACACCAUCCCUUCACAAGGUUCAGAUUACGACUGCUACUCUGUAAACGGAGAUACCGAAGGCCCAGAUGGACAGGCAGAGUUUGACAAGUCUUCUACAAUUCCUCGCCAUUCCAACAUUGCCCAGAACUACAGGCGCAUGAUCCAGACCAAAAGGCCAGCCAGUACAGCUGGUCUGCCCAGUGGUGUUCUUGGUCCAGGAGUUCAAGGGAUACCUGGACAGCCAGGUGGCGCUGGAGGAGGAGGAGGACCAGGGACUCCGGGCACCGCUACUAUCCGUCGAACCCCAUCAACCAAACCGGGGGUGCGGCGUACACUGUCCAGUGCGGGGCCCAUCCCUAUCCGACCACCCAUUGUGCCUGUCAAAACACCCAUUGUUCCCGCGGACUCACAUUCACCUGGUGCAGGUGGAUACGCGGGGGGAGGGCAAGGAGGCAGCGUCCCCGUCAGAGUGGGAAGUGAAGAGUGUGUGUUCUUCACCGGCUCUGAGGACGGCCAAGGAGGGCUCGAUUAUGUGAAGGCAUCACCGAAGCGCCUCAGCCUGCCCAACACUGCCUGGGGCUCCGGGGCAGCGCUGGAGGUCUAUGCCCAGCAGCACUGCAUGGUGUCAGGCUCAGCAGCCGGAUCAGAGGAGGAGCAGAUGAUCGCGGCCAACCGGCACAGCUUGGUGGAGAAGAUCGGCGAGUUGGUAGCGAGCGCGCACGCCCUCGGUGAGGGUCAGUUCCCUUUCCCCGCUCUCCCAGAUGACCCGACCCCAACGCCAGGUGGCCCGAGCGAAACUCAGAUGGAAGGGGCCGAGGGGUCUGGAGACAUGCUGACCACGAUCAGGAGAGGAGUUCGCCUUCGUAAAACGGUCUCCAACGACCGCUCAGCCCCCCGUAUAUUGUGAUCAGCAGAGAAAUGCGAAGGGUUGUCAGUCAAUAGGUCAAUUGUUGGUGUGGUAGUACCCAGCCACCUAGUGAGUACACGAAAACAUAACCAUGUUGGAAAAGCUAUAACAUAACAGAGGAAGAAUAAAAAUGGAAAAAAAAAUGUCCAUAAAGAAAAUGUUUAAAGACACCUUUAGAGUAAAUGAUAUACAGUCUAAUAUAACAAUAACAUAAGUAAUCAUAACCGAUGCUGACGAGUACAAGUGAAAUACUUCAUGUUGACCUAGCAGGCCGCUAUAACUAUUGUGUGUUGGACGCAUGUUUGUCUUCUAUACACCGUCAGACAGGGACGGAACGACUCACAGGAAAAGUGAUUUUGAAAAUAAAUGGAGGCAAAGAGAGAAGAGCGCUGGGUUCUGUUCUGUUUGAACCCGUUUCCCUGUCCUGUUGUCCGACUAGCCCAGCUGGCCGAUCCAACUUGAAAGACUGACGGAAGGGGGCUGAUGAGGACCAGAGAGAGACAGAGAGGUGGGGGACUCGGAUCGUAUCGCAACUGGCUUCAGCUGAAGCCAGGUCGUCUGGACAACGGUGCGCUGUGCUGAAAAGGCCAUCGAACUGCUUGGCACGAGUACGGGGAGCUAACAAACCAGAGGCCCACUCUGGUUCACGCUGAUGUAAAAAAAAAAAAAAAAGGAAAAAAAGGUGUUGGCAUUGAGCCGUACUUGUUGCUCCUUCCCCUCUCUCGCUCUCUUUCUGCAUACAUCCGUAUGCAUCUCAGAAAAUGUAAAAUGGAGUGUGUGGGUAUAUGUGGUUGAUUGUGUGUGUGUGUGAGAGAGGGGAUGGGUAGAGCUCUGCUGCGGGACAGCCGGUUACCCAACGAGGGCAGGGCUUUUAUCUUUAUUUUUUUCUUUUUCUCCUGUGUCGUGUGCGUAUUUUCUCGUUUAUAUCGUGACGUCGUUUACCUUGUUACCACUGUACGGGAAGUUCUGAGACCUAUUCCAGGCCUAUAGAUAUAUUCAUAUAUAUUUUCUAGAUGCAGAGAGAAAAAAAAAAUAACAAAAACAAACAAACAAAGAAAAAAAAAGUGAAAUCAGAAAUGGAGCAAUAAAUGUGUUUUAUUUUCUCGUUUCGAGGAAACGGUUGGAUUCGGAGGAUUGCAGAUUCUCCUUUGUCCCAUUCAGGCAAUCAUCAGGAAUGCUAAAUUACACAUCGACUGUGAAUUCAUGGGUUUUUCAUGCACCUCUCUCUCUUUAUCUCGCUCUGUCCCAGUUUCUUUCUAUUAAAUGAAGUGGAUGACAAAAAAAAAUUGAAAAAAGAAAAACUGUAAGCACUUUGAUGAGAGUAGAGUCUGUACAAUAGCCAGUAGAUGUUGCUGUAGUCAUGCUGUAUGUGUGGAAGGGUGCUGGAGGGGGAAAAGGAGUGAAAACAAUGACUGUGUCCUAAGGAGAUGAUUUAAUACAUUAAAGUAGAAGAAGGCAGGGAGAGGUAAAGAGGAUGUGAAGAAGACUGCUGGCACUGGAGCGAUUGCUUAAAUGAGAAAAUGUAUGAAUAUUUUCUGAAGAUGGAUCAGGUUUUAAGGCGGGAGGCGGGAUGGGACUGACAUUGAAGAGUUUUUGCCUGAACAGGUAUUUUAAGGUUUGAAGACUUACUGGGGGGAAAAAUACAAUGUUUUGCUGAGUGAGAGGAUUUUUUUUUUUAAAUAUGUUUUAGGCCUAAAACAUCCAGAUGAGAUUUAUUUUUAUUUUUAUUAAGUUGAGUUUUUUUUUCAGUUUUUUUUUUUUUUGUCUUUUACCUUAAAACUAGAUGUAAAUCUGCCGACUUUUAAAAUGGAAAAGUACUUCUGAAACUGUAAAGCACAUCGAGUGGAACAAUUAAAGCACCAUCUCAGGAAAUGCACGUCACUUUAUGUUUUUCAUUUGAGUGCAAGUAAAAAGAAUUAGCCAAACUUGAUUGGAAUUUGGUGGGAAUAAAACCUGAAAAAAGUUAAACGAGUACAACAGUCAUUCAAAAUUCAAUUGAUCUCAUGAUGUUGACACCAUAGAGAAGCUGUAGGACCUGAUCUCCAGAAUGCUGAAAGUUUUCCAUGAGCUCACAAACGCAACACAAAAAUAUCAGCUCGUGGAUGAAACACUCAAGCUUUGAACCAGCCCUAUCUUAAAACAGAACCUGGGUCACUUAUGUUCCUCAAUGCUAAACACUGCAGUGUAAUUACACAGUCACUCUUAAAAACGAAGUAAGGAUGAACCUCUAAUUAUUCACACCUUUGGCAGAUUCAGAUUUCACAUUAGUCCCAGUCAACCAAAGAGUUUGUUUCUGAUAGAAAGUUAGACAGAAAUGUCUCAAAAGCUAACAGUUUCGAAUACUGAAAUAUAUUUUCAUUUUAUAAAUAGAAAAAGUGGUAUGAUUACCAUGUAGACCGAUACUCGAUGUGGACACUGUUCUAGACACCAAGGCAUCAAAUGUUGAAGGUAUUAGAGCUUUCUUCUAAACAUGUUAGCUUUGCUGUCAUGUGUUAGCUGGUACUUUGGGACAGAAAAAAAAAAAAUUAGAUACAAAAGAAAUUAAUAUUACUUCUAACUGGAAUUAAUAUUAACAUCUUAUUGUGGCCCUGCCAGAGUCUCAACUUGAAUCUGAUAGAUAUUCUGUGGAGGGAGCAAAAGAUUAGGGUGAUGGUAAAGAGGCCUUCCAAUAUCAAACACUUUCCAAAGAUACAUUUUAAUCUACAAUUGGAAGCGUGAAAAAAUCUGGUCAGCAGUCAUAAAAAUUGCUGGACUGCUGGAAUUUUAAUAAUUUCUUUUCCACUGGCAAUUAAUAAGGGUAUGAAUAAUUUUUACUGUGCCAUUUUUCAAUAAAAUGAGUAAAAAUAGAUUUGUUAUUCAAAAAUGAUACCUCUUUCACAUUGUUUUAUCUUUCCAGACACCUCUUAACAUUUGUAGGCAUAUUUAAGCUAAUGUGCUAAUAACAGCAUUUUUUUUGUUCUUUUUUUGUUUAGCACUUUAGCGAAGUUUGAAAACAUUUUGGCAUCAACCCCCAAGUCGUUUUUUAAAAUUAAAUUGGUGCUCCAGGGUUGUAGUCUGCUAAGUUAGCAUGUUAGCACUAGCCUCUGCUACUGUGCUGGUGUAGAUGCUGUACUGGUAGCGAAACUGCAGUUUAUGAUUAGCGCGUAGGGUUGGUGCGUUUUAGCUAGCCAUGCUCCCAACUGUCUGUUACAUUUGCUAUCAGAAAAAAACUUUUGAUUAAAUAAAUAAAAAAAAGAUCUAAAUUAAACAGGGGUGUGGAUACUUUAAAGGUCAUCUCUAAUGAAUGAGACUUUUGUCAAAGCUGAAGUAUUGAAAAACUAUUUACUUUGCUAUUUUUUAUAAUUAAGAGUGCAAGAAAGUUGGCCAAAGUGUUUUCCAGAUGAGACAUGAGAAAGUGUUGGCAUCAUAUAAAUUCUCAGUGCUCAAUGGAAAAGAUCAAACGUAAAGAAAGAAAAAAAAGCAAACAAACUAACAAGGCACCGAGCACAUUUAGGCUUAGUUUUGUGCCAAUCCUUUGGUUAAGCUCAGGACAAAACAUUAUGAAAGGUUGAUCUUUUAGAUUUGAGAAUAGGUGGAGCCUGUUUGGGAGGACACGGAUGAGUCUGUUAACGUUGACAGGAAGAGGAAAAGAUGUGUGGAAUGAGCAUUUCACUGCCUGUUCAUACGAUACGUAUGUAACUGUAUGUGCUGUACUUCUAAAAUUGAAUCCGGAGCACAGAUCUGGUGUAAAGGGUUGUUAGAAAAUAUCUCAUUAGUUUACUUUAAAAAAUAACAAAUUAUUUUAUUUUUGCCUUCUACUGGUACUGUUGGAAUACUAGAUCUUGCUUUAAUUAUUGUAAAAAUAGGAGGUAAAAAGUCCAGUUGUAACACAAACUAACUGAGCUGUGUGACAUGUGGAUGUAAGGCGCUGAGACUGAGUGUGUGUUUGGAUGUGUCCUUGGCUGUCUGUCAAUCUCUAGGCUAAUAAACUUUUCAUCACCAUGUCUGCACAUGUCUCCAGCAGUGAUCUGAACAUAAGCAUUAAUAUGAGCACUCAUUUACUUUUUUUCUUACGCAUUCCUGAGGUUCCUUUGCAUUUUGGAAAUUAGUAGCAAAUAAUUCUUCCAGGAGUUUUUCCCCUAUUGCUUUUAUUUUAAUGCCUUUUUUACAGUGUGUGUGUUUUUAUCCCACUUUGCUGCUGUGAGACAACUAAAUGAGAGAAUGAAAGCCAGGACAGAUUGAUUCCAUUUACACAAUGUACAUCUCAUUUUAGGCAAAGAUGGGUUUUUUUCAUGUAUUUAGAUUAUCUGUCGCUACACAUCUAGAUGCUUUUGAUGGAUGUACUGCAGAGAUAAAGUCCACAUCAGUCCCAGAGCUUCAGAGUUAAACUUCAAUAAGUACCCAGUGGAAAUCAGAGGCCAGCAAUUUAACUUCUGUUUACCUGAAUUUCCAUUUACAAUGGUCUUUCACUGUGGGUUUGAUCUAUUAAAACACCACUUUUCUUCUCUCUGUAUAAUUAUCAUUAUCCUCUGAAAGUUCUUCCACAGUGGAAAGUUUUGAUUUGAACAUUUCUUUAAGCUCCUGCAGUGUCUGCUAAAUGUUUCCACCUAAAAACCGAGGGGAAGAAUCCAUAUAAAAAAAUUAAGUGUUACAUAUUUAUUUGCUUUUUACGAACUUACAAAUGACUCAUUCGCAAAACUGUUUUGAUUUUGUCAUUUUUCACAGGGAUCUGGUUUAAAAAGACGAGCACUCACUUUUCUCUUGAAAUAUUAAAUGAGGCGAGAUGAUCUCAUUUUAAAGCUGCUCUUUUUUUUUAACCUAACUGACAAAUUAGUGCUCUAAAUAAUCUGAAAAAUAAAAUGUAAAGUAGAACUGAGUGAACAUAGCCUGGAUUCAUUAGACUGUUUGUCCUGUUUAACUAAACAGCCCUUUAUUUUAUCCCUGACAAGAAGCAAACUGUUAGCAGCUCAUGGUCAGCCAGUGUUGGUGUUCUUGCAGCGCUAGCAACACAUUUGUAUGUUGUUCGUGAAGGAGUAAUAAACAACUUUAAUUCCAAUUAAAAGUACUAAUGUGUUUCAAAAGGAACUGAUGACACCUCAUAAUCGAUUUAACUCUCAGAAUAAUAGUUUCACUGAAGACACAGUGAACAUUCAGGCUAACUUCAUGCAGCUUCACCACAUUGUGGAGGCUCCAGCUCGGCCUGCUUCCAUUAUUAGAUCGGAAAUGUAACAUUAUUAUUUUCCUGAUCCAAUGAGUGGAAAAAAAAAUAGAGCAGGGGAUUUACCAACUACUGGCUGAAGAUUUCUUGACCUGCUAAAGCUGGUUUGGGGACUUAAUCUGUCACUUUGUCUCUAGUGUUUUAUUUUCUUUGAAUUAUCCAAAAUGCUGUCAGGAAUUAUUUAAAAGUAGAGCAGUGCUGAUGUAACCAAGUGGGCUGGUCAACCCAACCAGCUCUAGGUUUUCCCCCACUUUGUCAAACACAAUAUAGCUCAAUAACUUUAUUCUCUAGUGCUUCAAAUUAAAAGUGUCAUACAAAAUAGAAGGCUCAUUUUACAUAAUAAAAUAAACCUACUUAUCCAGAUGUGGUUAACUGGAUAAUGUUUACACAGCCAGACUGUAAUGACAGACAUGUUGGUGUAAUAUCGCAGGUUUUUAUUCCAUAAGAUCUCAAUACAGCCCUACCAGCAGGGAAUCCAAGGAAAUCACGUUUUACUUUGAUGGAUUAUUUUGUGUUGAACUGCCUGUGCCAACAUACUAAAUUGAUUUUUGCUCCAGUUUUGUCAUUUUCUGAGUCGCUAUGCAAAUAACAGCAAGCCAACCAGAAGACGGGCAAAGCUGCAGCGUGUCUGUACAUAGGAAGGAACAUAAAUGAAUUUUGUGCCAACAUGCAUGUUCCCACAUGGCCCCAUGUACUCUGCAUUCGCUCUCAAAUUGCUCUUUGCACUCUUUGGCAAGCUAAAGCAGGCAGAUAUGUUUCUUUUCCGCCAUGUUGAGGUUUUCAUCUCGUAACCUCUCGCCAUUUUCUGAGCCUUCAUCUCUUCCGUACAGCAGCAGACAAGUAAAAAAAAAAAAAAAAAAAAAAACAGUGCUUGUCACGGUGGUUGACUGGAGCCCCAAAACACCGUAGUUGGUCUCUCUGUGCCUCUCAGUCUAUUAAAGCUAAUGAAAAAUAAUUCUGAUGAAAUCUUAAUUUCCACCUCGGUCCUCUGCGGAUGCUCGCUUAGUGCUCAGUUUAUUUUCCCUUCUCAUUCAUUCCUCACCAAUCCCCUUUAUAUCUAUUAACUUCCUGUUGGUUUGCAUGCGUGCACAGGUGCAAACUGUGGGCCUGUGCUGCGUCCUGGGUGGACUGUUGUAUGAGUUGGAAUUGCUAACGGGGGAAACGUCUCCCUGGUGGAUGUGCUAACGGGAGCCGUUUUCCAGGCAAGCAGAUGGACGCCUAAUGCUCUAUCUCUAUGCUAGAUUACAUUUUAAUUAAUUUUGAUCAGGUUUUUUGAGACGUUUCUUGGCAGCAGACCAAAAACAACUUAAUAUGAUUGUUUUUUGUUGUUUUGUUUUUUUUUCCGUGAGCUUCCAUGCUGAAAAAAAAAACAAAACUCAAAAGUGCAAGCAGCAAUGCAUGCUGCUCAACUCUGAGAAGCUUCAACGUCCAAAUAUCUAUUGUUGACUGAUAAUUAGUCAUUUUAAUUAAUUAAAUUACAUUUUGCAAUCGCUGGGUUAACCGCCACUGGUUUUAGUUUAUUUCACAUGUUGACAUGGAAACUUUCAAUCGAUCUCCAACCAAAUCCAGCACUAAAACAUACUGCAGGACUUAAAGUGAAUUGUUUCAUUUUAUUGAUCCUGGCUGCUAUUAAUACCUGCAAAUGAUAAAAACGGCCGCUCUCCUGAAACACUGGAAUAACAAUGAAAUUACUUCUAUCUGCCUCGUCCACAUGUUGAAAGAGAGAAUGCUGUUAUCAGACCACAUGACACCCAAAAUGUAAUAAAAAUUUAAAAAAAAAACUGCUACUUUGCCAACUAUGACAUAGUUAGGUUUGCCCUGAUCUUUCCUGCCCUGAUGUGGUUCCUACCUAACGAGGGUUGAGUUCCCCCAUAACCCCGAAACAAAUCAAAUUUGAUCAGGCAUCUGAUCUAAUGAUCUGAACUCUUCUUCCUUUAUGUCUGUUAUUUAACAUAUUUGCAGCCACGACUACUUCACAAUAGUAUUGUUUAAAUAAGAGAAAACUAUUUUGUGAGGGUUAAUUAACACAGUGCAGAGCGCCUGGUCCUGUGGCUCCAACAGGCCUCUUGUUCAGCUCUAGCAUUUCUGAUUACACCCUGCGUUCUUCAUCCAGUGUUUUCCCCGUAGACCCUCCUGAACUGAAGGAGGUUUUAUUAGAUUUUUCUAGAUUAAAGCUACAGUAGCUGAGAUUUGCCAUGAGAUGAACACAUCCCUCCAUCUCCAGCUUCCCUCCUCCCUCAUGCAAUAAGAGACUUUUAGGUUGCUAAAAGAUUUCUGCUGUGAGGAACUCAACUACAGAAGAUCUGACAGGACAACAUUUGUGUCCGAUAAUUUGUGGGUUUCAUGAAUACACAAACGUGUGGAAGUACAUUUUGAAAGCGACGUUGCUCCUUACGUGUCUCGUCCAAAUGAAGACGUUACAGCGCUUGUCCAAAAUCCUGCAGGUCGCUUUGUGUUCUGACUGAGACUAAAAGAAGCAUCAUGAAAUUGUUGGACACUUCCUGCUUCUUAAGCCAUCUGCCUAAGCUAUAUAAAAUGCUGUGCGCGUAUGCGUGUGUGUGUGUGUGUGAGAGAGAGAAAGAGUUUUUAUGCUCCACAAGGACAUGUGGUUAAAACCCCUACUGUUCUUCCUUUUCACUUCCCACACACAAUCUGUCAAUCCUUCUUGAAGUCCCAUACUCAACAAACCCAACACACACACACACACACACACAUGCACACUGCUAGACACUCAUUUGAAGUGAACAUGACAAAGGUAGAUCCUCAGUGGCCGCAUAAGGGUUCACUGAUGUCCUCUAGGGGGCUCAUGAUGUAACGCUCUGCAAGUUCCCAUCAAACAUCCACAACCAAGUAGCCAAAUGGGCCUCCAGGUGCCACUGUCGCUGUAACUAAAGUGAAUGUCUUACUGUCUUUACUCAACGUCUCAGUAGUCACUCUUGCUCUCUUCUUUCUUCUUGAAAGAUGAGAAGAUCUGAACUCUUUAGAGAAAUCUGUGCCCAAGUCGCCAUGGAGACAUUUUCUACGGGGGCCGCUUAGUUCACGCUGAACACUGUGACCCGAGUGAAAACCUGCUUACUCGAUGUUUCCACCCGAUCAUUUAACCUCCUUCUUACCCUCCAGUAGUGGCUGUAGUUUUGUCUCCCUGAGUUUCCUCUGAUGUUCCUUUUAAUUUAUUGUUCAUUGAUUUCUAAGGUUGUUUUUCUCUUCGUCACUGAUAUAAACUUUUAUUUUUCCUGUCUUCCUUUUUUUGUAAAAGUGACCCUUUUUCUGUUCAGUCACUGCUAAUGUAACAAAACGCACUGUGAUGAUUCCAGUAUUAAUAAAAGUUGUACUUAAACUGUG